GAUAAUAGUCGCCGUUCUUCUUCGUGGCACGCGUUAGUGAUACUCGUCAGUGUGGCAUAUACCAGUCUCGUCGAAAAGAUCGUCUCGAAAGUUUUCCACAAAUCCUUGGGAGAUCGAUCGAUAUUAUAGGAUUUUCGAAACAUCGAAGAUUUCAAAUUUUGAAAAAAAGAAAGAAAAAUCUUCGAUAGAUCACAUUAUGAUCUAACUACUAAGUGUAAAUCUUAUUAAUUAUAUCGAAAGAAAUCAAUUGAAAAUGAUUAGAAGGAAAUAAGAGAUCGUUAUAGAUCCGAAUGAAUUAAUUCAAACGAGUUCAUCCUUUUGACCUUUCGUCAUAACAUGAUCUCGAUCUGUUAUGAUUUAGAGAAGUAAAAGUACAUAUUUCUAUUAGUAGCGGUUAAUACAUUUAUCUUUAGAAAUUGGAAGUGGAUUUGUAAAAACGAAUUUAUCAAGUGGCCGAAGGAAUUGAUAAAAGAUAUCACUGUGAAAAAUCAUGUAAAUGACUGUUUCCUAGAUCUCUGUAUAGUUUGAUGGAUCAAGAUUAACGUAAUAUAUCCUAUAUUGUGAAAUUGAAGUAGAAUUUUGAAACUUUGAGUGAUUCCUAUGCAAGGUUAGGAAAAGAAAAAAAAAGAGGAAAGUACUGUAUCGAACGAUACGUUGGACCUGAAAUAUAAACAUAUUUUUUUUUUUAUUUAUUAUCAUUUGGUAACAAAGACAAUACCGAUCUAAACGCAGACGUCUGUCAAUGCGUCUCUUUGUGUAAUACGAUCUUGUGAUGCGGAAGCUUCGAAUUUCCACGUGCUUUAGAAGCUCAUCUUCAUAGUGAUGACCUCUUAACUUUGUCCGGAUCAUAUCUUUCUUUCUCUUUUUAUCUCUCUGUUACCAAUUGGUAAACCUAUGUGGAAUAGUGAAUCGUGAUAAACGAUCGAACGAUCAAAUUUAAAACCCUCAAGAUGCUGUUCAAGGGCAAUAGUUCGAGGUUGGAAUUACUUAUUGGGAAGAUCCAGGCACAUAAGGAACCUUCGCAGGAGGAACCUCACAAAUCCAAAGAGGCUUUGGGUACUGGAAGUUCUUCUUGGCAUAGCGAAGAUGGCGGACCAACUUCUCGAAGAGGAGGAGAAACACCAUCUUCUUGUGCGACGCCAACUUCUGCGAGCUUUCCGUCAGAGCCAGAAAUCGACGGUGAAGUUGGAAUUGGUACCGACGGUAACAAUCCAACUGCUCCUUAUCCUUGCCAAUUCUGUGAUAGGACUUUCCCACGAUUGAGUUACCUCAAAAAACAUGAACAGAGCCAUGGUGAUCAAAUGCCGUACAGAUGUAGUUGGUGUUCGAGAUUGUUCAAGCAUAAGCGGAGCAGAGAUCGUCACGUGAAGCUGCACACGGGGGACAGGAGAUAUCGCUGUUCACAUUGUGAAGCAGCCUUUUCCAGGAGUGAUCAUUUGAAAAUACAUAUGAAAACUCACGAUACGCAAAAGCCGUACCAGUGUACGGCAUGUUCGAGGGGAUACAAUACGGCGGCAGCAUUGACUUCUCACAUGCAAUCGCAUAAGAAACAUCACCAAGGAACAAGUAACAAUAGUAACAAGCUUCAAGAUUCGGAUUAUGGUAGAAGGAGCGUCUCUUCUCACAGUACGUCCUCUCCACCUGUACCAAGUUCGCCUUCGCCUUCGUUAAACUUAAGUUUAAAUCCGAAAAAUACUUUGAAGGCACCACUAGGAACUUCUUGUAGUGCCUCGACAACGCCGAUACUAAAUUCCCCUUUGAAAUUAGCUUGCAUGUAUUGCACCAGAGAUUCGUUCAGUUGUAUGCAACAACUACAAAUGCAUGUCCACACGAUGCACCAAGCGAUUCUAAGCGGAGAAAAUCUUGUCGUAGCACCGUCUCCGAGUAGAACUACCGAUUCGGUCGUUGAUUGUUCUCGUGAUAAGCUAUUGGAUCGAUCCGAUGGCAUUUCGAAGGAUCAAGAGAAAAAGUACGAGGAAAGAUCGAUGGAAAAGGAUUAUAAAAAUACUUUUACUUGUUAUCAAUGUACUAUGAAAUUUUCGAGUUUAGCCACAUUGAGAGACCAUCUGAUUUCUAUACAUAGAACUGAUGCCUUUGGUACGUCCUUGAUAAUGUGCCCUCUAUGCGGUAUCCCAUGUAACUCUGCAGCAGCUUACGCCGAGCAUUACGUUCUUCAACAUUGCGAAAAUCGUCGAGUAGCUCCGCAAAAUCCUCAAGAAUACAUAGAUCCUAAAUUAAAUGGAGUCUACGAUACGAAAGGUAUGAGAUUACAAAAAAAUAGAGAACAACAACCUAUGUUAGAACCGGCUGAUCUCACAAGUAAACACAUUAAAUCGUGUGAAAGUAAUUACACGUCUAGUACGCUACUUUGCGGCCAAUGCGGUGCAGCUUUGAAGGAUUUCGAAUCUUUCCGGGAACAUCUUGCCAGACAUUUGCAAGCCGAUCAUCGAAACGAAGCUGCAAGAUAUCUCUGUCCAAAGUGUGAAACGAGUUUUCAAAAUAGAGAAGACAUGUUGGCACAUUUAACGAAACAUUAUUUGGGCCAAAUUAGUAAGGAAUAUGCUUGUUCCGCUUGUAAGAAGUUAUAUCCACAUCCUGAUCUACUUCAAAGGCACCUUUUGGAUAGUCAUGCUCAUCAUCUUUACAGAUGUGCACUCUGUAGAGACACCUUCGAUUCUAGAGUAGCGAUUCAAGUACAUUUUGCUGUUAAACAUAGCCAAGAAUGUAGAAUAUACAGGUGUAAUGCUUGUACGGCACCAAAUAAUGAAAAUUCACCUGGAAAUGCACCUGGCGAAGGUCGAAGUUUCUUCAGAAGCGAAAGCGAGAUGGCCAAUCAUGUUAGAAACAUUCAUGCGCCGCCGGCGAUGGCGAACAAUAGCCCGAUUGCCAGGAGUCCAGCUUCUACCCCAGGAAUGACUGUCAAUUCUGGACCUAGAUGUGUCUUUUGUGGUAUCUACUGUGGUUCUGAACUCGAAUUACAGCUUCAUUUGGCAAGCCAUUCUACUAGUCUUUAUAGAUGUCCUAUUUGUAGAGAAGGUUUUGCCGUUGAAUUCUUAUUGGACAGGCAUAUCACUCAAGUACAUCAUGCUGGCGAACAUCAAAUAAUAAAUGCACGAAAUAAUCCACGAGAAAAUGGACGGCUUCAUCGUCAUCCUAGGUCUCAAGAAGAGGUAAAAUCACAAAAGAGAGGACGUUCACCAGCCUCGAGCAACAACAAUUCUUUGAACCAACGUGACAAUAACAACAAAAGACCAAACUUCGGUGUAUCAGGAGGACAACAAUGUGAGCUAUGCGAGCGUGGUGAAUUCGCAAACGAAGCUGAACUACAAGCUCACAAAAAGUUAGCUCACGCAUCGUCAAAAGUUCCAAGCAAAAGUUCUUUAUCGAAUGUGAGCAUGACUUGUGCUUAUUGUGGGGAGGUCUGUCGAUCAAGAAAUGAAUUGGAAUCUCAUAUGAGAAUGCAACAUACCUCGAGCGAGCCUGGCGGCCGACAUAAGUGUAAUAUCUGUGACGAAGUCUGUCCUUCGGGCGCAAUUUUGGCUGAACAUAAGCUUCAGAAACAUUGCAAGAUUCAAUUAAGCGAUACUUGUGUCGUUUGUCGUGGAAAUUUAACGACCGAAGCGUUAUUCCUUGAGCACGUACAAAGACACAGCUUGGAAAAUGUGGAUCCGCAACAAAGACUGGACAAUUCUUUACCUCAUCUUCCAGCGCCAUGUGUUGUUUGCAGACAAACUCUUAUCAGCGAUCUGGAAUGUCGCCUUCACGCUCGACAUCAUCUUAGAACAUCCACUAGCUCUCCGAAUACGAGUUCUAGUCCAAGCCCUAAACAAAAGCCCCUCAAUCCAAAUUGUUGCCUUUGCUUACGAGAAUUCUCUACUGAAGACUUCGUCAAUCUUCCUCCUAAUCACUUUAGUGGAGGACAAUCUCUUAAAGUUUGCAAAUCUUGCUAUGUCAGAUAUUCUCAAGGUCUACCAAUUUUGAGUUCACCUUACGAGCAUGCUCGUAAUAUUAAUAAUAAGUGCGAACGUUCAUGGAUCAAGGAUAAAGAUCUUCAAUGGGAUGGCUCCGGAGAUAGAUGGGAUACGGAUCGUGGUUUUAAAAACGAAGAUCGUUCGAUCAACGAUCAAAAUGGCGAUCCUAAAUGUGAUAAUAAAAGAUGUCAAGAGUGUGGGGUAAAAUUUGAAGAUCCUGAAGAAGCAGAAAAACAUAAAAUUAUUGUACAUAAUAAAAUGCAUGAUGGUGGGUCCAGUACUUACACGUGCAUACAAUGUCAGAUAUCAUUUCCGAGCGAAACUAUGAUACAGCAGCAUGUAACAAAAGAACAUUUAGAAGCGUCAGGAAAAGGAGCCGUUGAUACUUUGAGAUGCCAUUUAUGUAUAUUCGAAGCAAAUAGCCCUCUCCAAUUGCAGAGUCAUUUAAUAGAGCAUACGUUUGCCGGAUGUGCUGCUCUCAAUUGUUACAUCUGUCAAGCUCUUUUCACUACGCCUAUUGCUCUUCAGAAUCAUAUGUUACAAGAACAUGGCUUAAAUGCACGACCUUACGAUUGUUCGAAGUGUACCUCAAAGUUCUUUUUCAAAGCUGAAUUAGAUCAUCAUGUAUUGAUGUUUCAUCGUAUCGAAGAAAAUUCUGCAUUGCCUGAAACGGUAAAAGAUAUGUUAGAAACAAAUAACCAAAUUAAUAAUAGUGAGGAUCGUAAGUUCGAUGAAAAUAUUACGAUAAAAGAAGAAUUAUUACAAGGAACCGAAGAGGAAGAAGAACAACAAGAAGGAGAAGAAGAGGAAGAAGAAGAGGAGGAAGAAGUUAAUGUAGAUGGACAAAUUGAACAAGAAAAGUUAGAUAAAGAAGAAUCAGAGCAAAAAAGGACAACUUUGAAAAUUGAAGUCAAUAAACAGAUAGAAUCUGAAAAGGAAGAAACGUGAUUCCUUAAAUUAGGAGAUAAAAUUUGUUGAAGACAUAAAAUGAUUAUGACAAAACAGGUUUUGUUUUUUUUUUGUUAUUUCUUUUUUUUUCUUUUUUUUUUCUUUUUUGAAAUUGCAUGCAUGUCGUUAUUUCGCUGAACCUAAUAAUAAAUAGGAAACAUUCCUUUUUCUCGAUAAUAUUUUACAUGUAUUUAAGACAAUCUAUUUACAAGAAAUAUACUGUUGCUAAAAGAUUGUAAUGUACGUUACAUAUCUUGUUAUUAUUAAAAUAAUCAUAUUAUACACAUAAACUUUAUAUAAUGAGAAAUUUAAUUUUGUUUUAAAAAUAUAAUAAUAUACUUUAGAAAUAUGUACUGAGAGAACUCAUCUUACCUAAGUCGUUAUGUUUAAUAUUAAUGUUAUAUGACAUAUAACAUAAGGCUUACACAAACUUUACAUUAUAUUUGGGAAUAUGUAAUUAUCUUUAUCGCGUUAAGUUUAAAAAUGCUCGUGUUAACAAUUGUAAAACACAUUAAUUGUUAUUAUUAAUGCUUCAUUAAAAUUUGUUUCUUGUUGCUUUCAUUCUGAUUUACAUACAGUUACUAAUUGUAUUAGAAUAAAAUACAAUGUGCAUAAAUUACCAAUAUACCCAACAGACACAUCAGCUGUAAUAUAAAUUACAUUUCAUUUUUCUCUGCUAAAAUUCUAUAGUAGAGGAAAAUUAUGUCAUAGUCUCUAUAUAUAAUAUGUAUAUAUAGAUAUAAUAUAUUACUGGCAAAAAUAUUAAGAAAGCUCUUUCAAUUAGUCAAUAACAUAAAUUAUAAAAUGAGUGGUAUUUACAAUUAAGAAAAUGCAAUAACCUGUCCAAUAAACUUAAGUUCAAUACUUAAACUCAAUAAGGUUAAUACUUAAGUUCAAUAAGGUAGAUCUAUUGCAAAAAUAAAUCAUUGUUUUCAAACUUA